AUGCAGCAACCUUUAAAACCAUCCAACUUUGCCAAGACUGCCGUCCAUGCACCCGGCAAACCCGCCCAAGGGGGCGCAAAACGGCGUCAACAGGAUGAGCAAGGGGAUCAGAAAGCAGUACGAGGGGACACUGGUCAAAAUGCCCAGAACAGCGCAGCUAGCACCAGCCGGCAGUGGACAAUCGAUGACUUCGAAAUUGGGAAGCCGCUGGGCAAGGGCAAGUUUGGCAACGUCUACCUUGCUAGGGAAAAGCAAAGCAAGUUCAUAGUUGCCUUGAAGGUUCUGUUCAAGAUCCAGCUACAGCACUCAAAUGUGGAGCAUCAGCUUCGCCGGGAAAUUGAAAUACAGGCCCACUUGCGCCACCCCAACAUUCUGCGUCUGUACGGUUUCUUCUAUGACGAGGAGAAAGUGUAUCUUAUCCUCGAGUAUGCCGCGCGAGGCGAGCUGUACAAGGAGCUGGUCGCCUGUACCCACUUUGAUGAGCGCAGGUCGGCCAGCUACAUCCUGUCGUUGGCACGAGCGCUGCAUUACUGCCAUAUCCAUCACGUCAUCCACCGUGACAUCAAGCCGGAGAAUCUGCUGCUUGGACUCGGUGGCGAACUGAAGAUCAGCGACUUCGGCUGGUCCGUCCAUGCGCCUAGCAACAGGCGUCGGACCCUGUGCGGCACGUUGGACUAUCUGCCACCAGAGAUGGUGGAGGGGAAGGUUCACACCACGGCGGUGGACAACUGGAGCUUAGGCGUACUCACGUACGAGUUCCUGUUCGGCGGCCCACCCUUCGAGGCGCCCGGGCACCAAGACACCUACAAGCGGAUCGUUGGGGUGGAUCUCCGCUUCCCGGAUACGCCCGAUGUGUCCGAUGAGGCCAAGGCGUUCAUUCGUAAGCUACUCAUCAAGGACGCCAGCCAGCGAUUGCCACUCACUGAAGUGGAGAACGACCCGUGGAUUCGAGCGCAUGCUGACCCCAAACUGCUCGGCGGCCAGUGACAUGGGAAGCUCCUCGGAUUGGUGAAUUGAGGGGUUGACACUGAGUAUGUAAUAAACUGUGACCUUCAUGAAUUGAGGGUAGUAUUUAGUGAACAAGGGCAUAAGGCUUACAACUGGUUGAAGGGUCUUUUUGUGGAACAGGGAUGACACGUUUGGAUUCCUGGCAGUCAGCUACCCGUGUAUGCCUGAUGUCGUAACGACCGACGGUUGGUCUUAGUGAGUUAUGAGAAUUGCAUGAGGGAGUGUUUGGGCCUUUCACGGCAAUCUUGUACUAUGACAAAUGUUUUACUUGAACUCUGUCGAGCAGGCAGGACUUAAGGUAGGGCGGGCCUUGGGCUUCUAGUCUCUUUAUAGCAAUGAAUGAGGUUUGCAGUGCUACAGGCGCAGUCUAUGCGGGAUAUACCCAGGUAUGCGCUGUGGGGUAAAUCCAUAGCCUGGGUGGCUUCAUCGGAUUGACCUGGGUGAACGCGACAUGUGAUCGGGGCAGGUCUGCGGUUCACCUGUCUAACCAGUGGCCGCCGAGCGAUUGUAGGGUAGACCCCGUCCGAGUACUGAGCAUGAAAGUAAUGCGGAUUACAUUACUAUGUAACCUUCAUCACUUUCCUGUAGUAGCGGUGUUUGGUGGGCCCCCUUGUAGGUUACUGGCGUUAAAGAAUCUGAUCGAUUUUUGUGUAAUUUUCUGAACG